UAGCAUUUAAGUUAUUUAACAAAAGGAAUAAUAUAUAAAGAACAAUGAGUUUUAGAACUGAACCAGAACUUCCUUUAGGGAAAGAACAACCAAUGGUCAUGAGUGGGUGUAUGCAAGCGGAUUACUGUUGAAAGCAGGAAUGUGAUAAUGUCUUUGUAGAAAUGGUAAGAGAACACUGGAGGGAGAGUUUUAGGAAGAUGGAGGCAAUGGGUGUUGUUUCGCAAACAUUUUGGGGUAGUUGGAAAUUUUUAGAGUUGAAGGAGAGCUUGGUUUAGUUUAUUUAGGGACCUUGAGAAAUAAGACAAGAUUGGAGUUCUUUUGGAAUUUUCGAUUCUGAUUUUAUGAAGAAAAUUUGAAUUCAGAGUGCUCAAGAGGAUCAUAUCUUAACCAAUGAGUUAAAUGAAAUCAAAGAUAAGAUACCCAAAGUCCCUUUUCUUAAUACAUCAAAGAAUUUAACUAAGUCUGAAAAUUUUGAUAAAAUAACAGAAAAUAUUAACCAACUUAGUACUGCUUACUCUGAAAAAGAGUCAGCAAAGGAAACUUAUCCAAAAGCUUUCAAUAUUACAAAAUGAUGCCAACAAUUAGGAAAGCCAAUUAAUUCAAGGCCCAAGUUUAGACCUGACGCUGAAAUGAAGAAAGCACUUAUAUCUGUUAAAAAAUUUAUCAAGAGAUUAUUCAAGUCCAUGAAUUCAGAAAUAAUUCAGAGAAGAUAUAUAAACUGUAGUAUCUCUCAGAUCUUUGUAUCAAUGAGGCAUACAUUGCUGAAUGUCAUCCCUGAAGAACUUCUUGCAGAUGAUUUAGUCUAUUACACAGUAGGAAUUCUCAGCAUAAAGAAGCCGUCUGACCUCGACUGUAAGCAAAAGAUAAAAAGAGAGAUAUUUGACUUUAUUGAAACAAACAAGAGAUUCACAAACAAAAAGUUCAAGAAGACAAUUCAGUCUAAUAGUCUCAGAAUUUUGUGUAGAUACAUGAUCCCACAGGUUGAUGAAUCCACAGCAGGGAUACUCAGACAAGCACUAGACUUUGAUUAAAGAUUCUCUAGCAUAAUUUACUCCAAGAUCUUCCUUCAAGCAUGGAAGAGACACUUCUCAACAAGGAAGUUCUGAAGGCUUAAAUUACUUGAUAAAACUA